AAAGCUGGACUAACGGGUGAGAGACUGAACCUCUGCACCGGAGCGUGAGCGCGAGCCUGCGCCGGAGCCUGCGCCCGAGCCUGCACCCCAGCGUGAGCCCGUGCCUGCAGCAGAGGAGUCAGCAUGCAGCGCCUCCUCGUGCCCCGGUUGCCCCGCCUCCGAGGCAGGACCGCCCCCUACUCCUCCGCAGCAGCCCUUCCAAGCCCCAUCCAGAACCCGGACAUCCGCUACAACCAGCUCUUCAUCAACAAUGAGUGGCAAGACGCAGUCAGCAAGAAGACCUUUCCAACAGUCAACCCCUCCACGGGAGAGGUCAUCGGCCACGUGGCGGAAGGGGACCAGGCUGAUGUGGACCGGGCCGUUAGAGCAGCCCGUGAUGCCUUCCGCCUGGGGUCUCCAUGGCGCCGGAUGGACGCCUCCGAGCGGGGCCGCCUGUUGAACCGCCUGGCAGACCUUGUGGAGCGGGAUCGCGUGUACUUGGCCUCCCUGGAGACCUUGGACAACGGGAAGCCUUUCCAGGAGUCUUACGUCUUGGACUUGGAUGAGGUCAUCAAGGUGUACCGGUACUUUGCCGGCUGGGCAGACAAGUGGCACGGCAAGACCAUCCCCAUGGACGGCGAGCAUUUCUGCUUCACCCGGCACGAGCCUGUGGGUGUCUGUGGCCAGAUCAUCCCAUGGAACUUCCCCCUGGUCAUGCAGGGCUGGAAGCUGGCACCGGCGCUUGCCACCGGCAACACCGUGGUCAUGAAGGUGGCAGAGCAGACCCCCCUUUCCGCCCUGCACUUGGCCUCCCUCAUCAAGGAGGCGGGCUUCCCCCCCGGGGUGGUGAACAUCAUCACGGGCUACGGCCCCACGGCCGGAGCGGCCAUUGCCCGGCACAUGGAUGUCGACAAGGUCGCUUUCACCGGCUCCACCGAGGUGGGCCACCUGAUCCAGAAGGCGUCCGGAGACUCCAACCUCAAGAGAGUCACCCUGGAGCUGGGCGGGAAGAGCCCCAGCAUCGUGCUGGCAGACGCCGACCUGGACCACGCGGUGGGGCAGUGCCACGAGGCCCUGUUCUUCAACAUGGGCCAGUGCUGCUGCGCGGGGUCCCGCACCUUCGUGGAGGAGGCUAUCUAUGACGAGUUUCUCGAGAGAACGGUGGAGAAAGCUAAGCAGAGGAAAGUGGGGAACCCCUUCGAGCUGGACACCCAGCAGGGGCCCCAGGUGGACAAGGAGCAGUUCGAGCGCAUCCUGGGCUAUAUCCAGCUUGGCCAGAAGGAGGGGGCAAAACUGCUCUGCGGCGGGCAGCGUUUUGGGGAGCGUGGUUUCUUCAUCAAGCCCACGGUCUUUGGGGACGUGCAGGAUGACAUGAGGAUCGCCAAGGAGGAGAUCUUUGGGCCCGUGCAGCCCCUGUUCAAGUUCAAGAACAUCAAGGAGGCGAUCGAGAGGGCCAACAACACCAGGUACGGCCUGGCCGCUGCCGUGUUCACCCGCGACCUGGACAAGGCCCUGUACUUCACGCAGGCGCUGCAGGCCGGGACGGUGUGGGUGAACACCUACAACAUCGUCACCUGCCACACGCCCUUCGGGGGCUUCAAGGAGUCCGGCUUUGGCAGGGAGCUGGGGGAGGAUGGGCUGAAGGCCUACACGGAGGUGAAGACGGUCACCGUCAAGGUCCCGCAGAAGAACUCGUGAGGACGUCCCCCAUGGGGACCUGGCGUCAGUCCAGGGGUCCCACGACCACUGACUGGUAGUCACCAGACUUUUUUUAGCCAUGGACCCCCUUUGUUCAUUCCAGACGAACUCUUAGAACCUCAACUAGUGAAACAAAAUCGGAGUUCCCCUAGUUAAAGCCGGGACGAGGGCUGGGCUCAGAGCCCUGUCCCUCUGUGCUCCAGCCCCAGAGCCCUCGGAGGCCCUGAGCUACUUCCAGGAAACCUUAAGAAUCACUGGAUGGUGGAUUAAGAACCACUGAUCUGGACUUCUAGUUCUUCCUGCUGAUCCAAGGGCUUUCUGAUGGCUGCACCUGCUGGCGUAGCGGAUGGGCUGACCGCACACCUGUGAGCAGAAGGCACUGGGAGUUCUGAUGGUCUCCAGAUUUCAUUCGUCUCCGUUCUCACUGACUUAACCUAAAGAUCAAGGGUGAUUUUCCUUUUCUAAGUACCGGUUGUUGGCUGUUUUGCUUGCGUGUCCUUCAUUCUACUGAUGUACUUUAAUUUGAGGGAAGGAAUCAGCCAAGAAUGAAUUUACAUGCCCACUCCUUUAAAAUAAGCUCAAACAACCCAAAUAUCCAUUGACUACCGGGUGGACAAGCAAAAUGUCUCCCUGGAAUGUUCCAUAUACUUUUCAGCCACGAAGAGGGGUGAAGCGCUACCACAUGCCGCAGCAUGGGUGGUCCCGGAAGAUGCCGUGCUGAGUGAAAGGAGACGGACACACAAGGCCACAUACUGUGUGACUCCAGUUCUGUGUCGUACCAGAACAGGCAAAUCCACAGGGACAGAGCAGUGUAGUGGUUGCCUGGGUGUAGAGGAGGAGGGAAUGGGGAGUAACUGCUAAUGGGAAUGGGAUUUUGUGUGUGUUGGGGGGGAGGUUUUAAAAUGCUCUAGAAUUGGAUAGUGGUGAUGGUUACACAGCUUUGCAAAUAUACUAAAAAGCACUGAAUUGCAUACCGUAUUUUGCCAUGUAUAACGAGCACUCACGUUUCUGUGCAUAUUAUGGGAUUAUUAUACCCAUUAUUACACCCAUGGUGUGUAAUCAUUGUACCCAUGUGUAAUGCACAUCCUUAUUUUUCCCUAGAAGUUUAGGCAAAAAAUUGUGCAUUGUACAUGGAAUAGGAAAGGGUGAAUUUUAUAAUAUGUGAAUUGAUUUUGAUUAAAAUUUGAAAUAAGUAAAUUCACA